AUGCGCAAUACGAGCAUCGGAGAACAUGAUUAUUUUCAACAUGGCAGCAGGCUCCGCUGGGGAACCGGGUCCUCCACCGUGUAAAGUCGGCGAUAUCGUUACUUGCAAGAAUUGUCUUGAAGUUAAUAUUGAAGGAGAAGUUUUGGCCUAUGAUCCGACUAGUCGACUGCUCGCCCUGAAAAAACCUCCCACGUCCAGUGAGAGAAAGAACUUGUGCGAUAUCUGCAUUGUGAACCUCAAUCUAGUGAGUGAUUUCCAAGUCAAACACGAGAAUGCUGAACCACCACGGGAACCACCCUCCCUUGACACCAACAAGCUGAAGAGAAGAACAGACGAGAACAUUAGCGAAAAGAUGAUGUUGAUCCAACUAAACAGCAAGGGAAUCAGUAAACAAGGAAUACAGCUAUACCAAACCAUCAAGAAGACAUUGAAGUGCAGAUGGGUUGAGGAUAAGAUGAUUGUCAAUGAAGAUGUUCACGUUAUACCACCGUACACUGCUGCCUGUUGCUCUGGACCAGAAACUGCCGUUAACCACAUCAAAAACAUUAUCGAAAAACACAUCAGAGAAAGGAAGGGUUCAUUAUGACAAUAGGCCAGACAGCAUGACCAUUGGGAAAAA